AUCCACAGUUCCACACUGACUCCAAAAUGAGACACAUCAAGUGUGUCCAAAAAUAAUGUCACCUACUUACGUUAUAUGACUUUUUUAUUUUUCCAAGAUCAUAUUUUUCACCCCUUUUUCACAAACACAUUUGCCUCCAAUUCCAUUCCAAAACAAAAGCUUCGAACUUUUGUUUUGGGUUCUCUUCCAAAUCUGCAAUUUCAAAACUUUCAGAGCCGUGUGACCUUCUGGAUUAUUGAAUAAAUCUUCCAGGAGUAUCCAUUUUCAAAGACUAGAACAAUUUUGGAUCGUUUAUUGGUGCUAAGAAGAAGAAAAUGCCUCAGAAUCUAGAAGGUAUUAAGGGUGGAGGAGGAUCCAUCAAGCUAGGAACCACCGGAACAAUCGGUUCCUUAAUGACAAGGGAAUUGAAUCAAAUCUCUUCAACACCACACAAACAAGUACCUUCAAGAACUAAGCACAGAACACUUCCUGUUUUGGUUGCCUGCACUAGUGCAACGCCGAAAAGACUACAACCAAGAAAAUCAUCAGAUGAAGCAAGUAGCAGUGGAGGCAGUAAAAGCACAAAUACAAACCAUAGAUUCCCCAGUAAGGCAGUGCAGAAAACAAAAUCUAGUGGCAGAAGUACACACAGAAUUCCAAUACUUGGUUAUGAUAACUUCCCAGUCGACCGAAGUCCUGCCAGGGAGAAGAAUGAUAAGAAGAUACCUAACAUUGUUGAAGUUGUGGACAUAAGAUGUGGGAAUGCAGAUAAGGCUUGGGCUACUCCUUUAGCAAGUCGUCUUAAGAAGCUCGGUUUCUCAAAGCUCUCAGAGAGCAUAAUUUAAACCUUGGUUAAUCUAAACCUGAAAAUUUUGUAUCUCUGACUUCAGAUUCCUGUAACUGAAAGCAGAGGUGGUACCAUUUGGCCUAUUGUUGUUUGAUACAUCCACCAUAGAACACAUGCUAGAUAGGAGCUUGCUGCUACUUGGCCGCUUUUUCUUCGUACUUUCAACUGGGGACACAAUUGUGGUUGCUCUAGAGUUUGUGCUAACUGAGGAACCAACUUCUGUAAUUUGAGAUUUGCUCCUAUAUGACCUGUCUUGGGAAUUUGAUUCGAUCCGGCUGAAGUACUCGAUUUCUUGCAUUAUAAGAGAUGCUACUGUACCUCUGGUGCCUAUUUGCACCGGUGCAAAUUCUGCAGUUA